AUGGGUCAAGGUUUAGGAACUCAGGGGGGCUCAAAUCAACAGAGCGAUCAAAACCCUAAUGGCGACAAGAAGGAGAAGAAGUACGAGCCGGCAGCUCCGCCGGCUCGAGUGGGCAAAAAACAGCGCAAGCAAAAAGGCCCCGAAGUUGCGACUCGGCUUCCAACGGUGAGGCCUCUCACCAAAUGCAAACUCAGGCUAUUGAAGCUAGAAAGAAUCAAAGAUUAUCUUCUCAUGGAGGAAGAGUUUGUAUCAAACCAAGAGCGACUCAAACCAAAAGAGAAUGCAGAAGAGGAAGACAAAUCCAAGGUGGUUGAAGGUCUCCGAGGGUCACCUCUGGACGUUGGCACUCUCGAAGAGCUCAUCGACGACAAUCACGCAAUUGUGUCGUCCUCGUCCGGGACACACUACGUUGGGAUCAUGUCGUUUGUUGACAAGGACCAGCUGGAGCCAGGCUGUGACGUUUUGCUCCACAACAAGCAGCAUUCCGUUGUGGGGCUUCUUCAAGAUGAAGUUGAUCCAAUGGUGGCGGUAAUGAAGGUUGAAAAGGCUCCGGUGGAGUCGUACGCCGACAUUGGUGGGUUGGAGUCCCAAAUACAGGAGAUCAAAGAAGCCGUUGAGCUCCCGCUCACACAUCCCGAGCUAUAUGAAGACAUUGGAAUCAAGCCUCCGAAGGGUGUCAUAUUAUACGGAGAGCCCGGAACAGGCAAGACAUUGCUUGCGAAAGCGGUGGCGAAUUCGACGUCAGCGACUUUCUUGAGGGUUGUUGGGAGUGAGUUGAUUCAGAAGUACUCGGGAGACGGUCAGAGGCUAGUGAGGGAGAUCUUCAGUGUUGCUGAUGAGCUCUCGCCCUCGAUUGUGUUCAUCGAUGAAGUUGAUGCAGUUGGAACAAAAAGGUACGAUGCGCAUUCUGGCGGGGAGCGUGAGAUUCAGAGAACCAUGCUGGAGUUGCUCAACCAGUUAGAUGGUUUUGAUUCCAGAGGAGAUGUGAAGGUGAUUCUCGCCACAAAUAAGAUUGAGAGUCUCGACCCGGCCUUGAUUCGACCUGGGAGGAUUGACAGGAAAAUUGAGUUCCCGCUACCUGAUAUCCAAACUAGAAGGCGGAUCUUUCAUAUUCACACGUCGAAGAUGACGUUGGCCGACGAUGUCAACUUGGAGGAGCUGGUGAUGACGAAAGAUGAGUACUCCGGGGCGGACAUAAAGGCCAUAUGCACUGAAGCCGGGAUGCUUGCUCUGAGGGAGAGACGCAUGAAGGUCACUCAUGGGGACUUCAAGAAGGCAAAAGAGAAAGUGAUGUACAAGAAGAAAGAAGGGAUUCCCGAGGGCCUUUAUUUGUGA